GCACGGGAGCUGGGUUACCCGAUGCGCUUGCUCUGGAUGUUGCUGCAGCUCUACCAGCAGCCACGGUGCAUCAAUGCGUACGGCAGCCUCUCGAGCUCGUUCGUCGCCUUUCAGGGGCUGCUGGCGGGGUGCACACAUGCCACCUACCUCAUCUACCUGCUGACGUACCGUGUCCUCCAGCGGGCCAGCAGGGUUGCGCCGAACAUCAAACCACGUUCGCUGGUGGACGACAUCGGCCUGCAGAUGGUCUCCCCCGACCUCGGUGAUGUCAAGCUGCUGCUGAGCACGGGGUUUAUUCUCCAACCUGCUAAGUCCGCGGUGGUGGCUGGGUCAGCGCAGAUGCGCAACUUGGCCGCGGUGCUCAACGGGCGCAGUGACAAACACCAUGUGGGCGUCAUGGCAUACCUCCUUACUCACCCUUCGGAGGAGUACGACCCUAUAUAUCAUGCCACGCUGGACUUGGUCUUGAACUACGCCGCCUUGAUUCGGGAUGGGCGGCUAGCCUGGGACAUGAAAGCGCCGCACGUCUUGCAGGACGAGCUGGGCAACCAGUAUGACCUGUACCGCGUUUGCCCUGCUGACCUGCGACCGUUCUUGGUGCAGCGCGUGCAGCGCUGGCAGUAUGACCGCCUCACCAACCACAUGUACUCCCACGCUGGUGCGCCCAUCUGGCACCGUGGGCUCAGGUGCGCGGUCAAGGGCGUCCGCGCCGCUAGGCAGCUGGGAUCCUUACAGGCGCUAUGGUCUGACAACGUACCCAUGCCGAUUCGCAGGGACAUGAAGCUCGGCAG